AUACGCCAUUUUGUCCGACUAAAGCAUUUAAAACCACUAUAUCAGAGUACUGCAUAAAAUUUAUUUGAAUCAUUUGAAAUGUAUAUUUUAAACAACGAAAUUAAGUUAAGAACUCAGUGCAAUACUGUAUUCCCUGUAGCUUCAUUGUGAUAUAGAAGAAUAAUGCUUACCUGUUAUUUUGCUGCUAGAAAAUCUAAAACAAAAUGGAGCUGGAUGUAAUAAAUAGUGUGUCAAACAACAAUAUGAAUAUAUCAACAGAAGCUUCUGUUAUGCAAGAUACUGUACCUGUUGUCAGAAUGGAAAAUGUAUCAAUUCUCUCAUCAGAGAGUGGUAACUCUGUUACUUCAGACUUGUCUGCUGCCCAGUUUAUAAAUGUUCCAUUUCUGCAAGAAGGAUCUAUUUCUGGGUCUGAUACUCAACCUAGUUACAUUCUUGCAACCAGUGCAGAUGGAAAUACUAUUCUUCUUGAUGCCUGUCAGUUAACUAUGCUGUCUGAGCAAACUAUCCCAUUAUAUGAUGGAACUAAUCUUUUCCAUGUAGCUUCUGAAACUUCUCAAGCAUCUGAUGUUAAUAUUAAUAAAGAACCUGGAUUGCCUUCAGAAGUGGAAUACUCUAAUUCAGUUCCACUUCAGAAUGAGGAAGCUGCAAGAGAGCCUCUUCCUUCUCAAAUUAAUGAUGAAAUUUUACCACCCGAUCGAAAGGGUCCUCACAAAUGUUCUUUUUGUGGCCAAGAAUUUGCCUUAGCAAAGCAGUUGCACCGGCACUGGAAAGUCCAUGCAGAAGAUAAGCCAAACAGAUGCACUGAAUGUGAUGCAUCAUUCAAUGAGCGAUUUAAUUUAAUUUUACAUCAGGCCACACAUUCUACUUCUGAUCCAACUUGCCCUGAGUGUAACAAAAAAUUUGCUAGGAUGGCAGGCCUUAAAUCCCAUCUUUUAAUGCAUCAAAUUGAAGAAAACCUUGUUUGUACUGAAUGUGGACAUGAAUUUAGCACUCAGUUUAAAUUAGAUAAACAUAUGCAAGAACAUCUUGCAGAGUUGGCUAUGGAUAAGAGUUUUAUUUGUAGAAUAUGUUCAAAAGGAUUCAGCAAGUUGACUCAUUUGAAAGAACAUAUGAAAAUUCAUUACAAAUUAAAGUAUGUUUACAUUUUUGUCAUCUCAAUUUUUUUUAGUGAUGCUUAAA